UUUUUUAGUGUUGGUGGUCAUUCACUUUUAUUUAUUCAACUUUAUCAUCACUAUCAAUCAGUAUUUAACUUUGAUGCUCAUACACUUUCGAUAGCUCCAUUUCUUCAACAACCAACUAUAUUUCAACAUUCACAAUUACUUCAAACAGUUAUAUUGAAUAAUAUCAAGCCAACACAGUGGUACACUUUGCAUAUAAAUGAAGGUGUUGCCUCUUUUGCUCAAGAACGUAUAUUCCUCGAUGAACAAGUUCGUUUUUCAAGUGAUAUUGCUGUCUAUAAUGAACUGUUUACUUUGCAAAUUGUUCAAGGAUCAUUAUCAUUCAGUCGUUUAUUGCAAGCAUUUCGAUAUGUUUUGAAUAAACAUAAAAUAUUACGGACAUCUCUUAUUUUGAACAAUGACAAUAGUAGUUUGAAGCAAUGCAUCACAGAUAUACAUAAAACAUUCACAAUAACUAUGAAUCAAACAUUUGAAAAUGAUACUGACCUUCGAGAUAUUAUACAUCGAAUAACUAUUAAUCCUACUUUCUUCGAUUUUUCAAUCGGGUGUGUUUUUCAUGCUGAAAUUCUGAGACAUCAAAUAUCAUCAGAUGAAAAUGAAAACAAUAGCAAUGAAUUCAUAAUGAAUUCUGAUGUUCUCCUCAUUGCUUUUCAUCAUGCAGCAUUUGAUCGAUCAAGUCGUUCAAUCUUUUUCAGUGAUCUAUAUUUAGCUUAUAAUACUAAUACAAUAUCAAUAGAAGAUGAUGAUGAAUCAUUGCAAUAUAUUGAUUAUAGUGUACAUGAACGUCUAAUCGAUAUGACAAUAUCUCGUGAAUUUUGGUAUUCACAGUUAGAAGAAUACAAUUUCGAAUAUCGAUUAUUACUACCAGUUGAUCGACAUCGCUUAUUUAAUGAUCAACGGUCUAGUUGUGCUUCUAUCACUCAAAUCUCUUUUGACAAUGAGAUUUCACAAUCAUUUCUUGAUUAUGCUUCUUUGCAUCAUGUGACACCAUUUCAGUUAGGUUUGAGUAUACUAUAUGCUUUUCUUUUCAAGUUAACUCAUGGUGAAAAUGAUUUAUGUAUUUCUUGUCUUAAUGCUAAUCGACACAAAACUGAACUGCAGAGUAUAAUGGGAAUGUUUGUGUCAAUAUUGCCAUAUCGUAUUCAACUUGAUCCUCAUCGGUCGUUUGAUGAUCUCGUUGAAUAUGUACGAAAGAAAUGUUUAUCAAUUCUUGAACAUUCUCAUUAUCCACUUCAACAUAUUCUUGCUAAUUUACAUAUUAAUCAAUCAAAUAGUUCAUUUCUUGAAACAAUGUUUGACUUUAUAACAAUAUCGUCACACAGCGAAGAAUUAUCUUUGGAUGGAACAAGUUUCAAACAAGUCUCGUUCAAACAAUCGUUUGAAGUGGCUAAAUUUGAUUUUAUGGUAACAUUUACCUAUAAUCCAAUGUUGGAAAAUAAUAGAUUAUCAUUCCGUUUAACUUGUUCACAUGAUUUAUUUGAUGAGAUUACAGUUACAAAUAUCGGUAGAAGAUUAGAAUAUUGUUUUCAACAAGUGUUUUCAUCGAAUGAAAUUAUCAAUCGAAUUGAUACAUGUUAUAUAUCUAUAUCAAAAGUUGAUCUCAUUGUACCAGAAGAAACUCAAGAAAUGGAAAAUGCUAUCUUUUGUCGACAAUCAGAUAUAAUGAAUGAAGCACCAGCAUCAUUUGCACAAGCUCGUAUAUGGCUUGACGAAAGAAUUCGAUUCGACCCGGACAAGCCACAAAUAGCAAUCUAUAAUAUGCCUUUUGUUUAUCGUCUGCAACCAGAUCAUACUUUAUCGAUUAAACAACUUCGUCAUGCUCUCCAUCUCACUAUUAACAAACAUCCUUCACUUCAUACAUCACUUCUCUUCGAUACGGGAAAACACUUGAUUAUGCAACGAAUCAUUGAUAUGAACGAUAACAGUACACAACUUUUUACAUCUAUUGAAAGCACUUAUGAAACAGAUGAACAAUUGAAUCAGAUUUUACACGAUGAGAGACGUAAUCCUCAACUUUUUGAUCUUGCUCAAGGUCUUGUGUUUCGAUGUCAUAUUAUUUAUUAUAAACAAAUCUCUUCAAAUCAUCUGCUUUCUCACAAAGAUGUACUUAUCUUCAAUUUUCAUCAUGCUUUGUUUGAUUUUCCAUCAAUGAAUAUCUUUCUUCAUGAUCUCAACCAAGCAUACACAACAGGGCAAUUACUAUAUGAUGACAACACUACUCUGCGUUAUCUCGAUUAUGCUGUUAUUGAACAACAAAUGUCAAUGACUGGUGCAAGUAUGUUUUGGCUUGAUGCUCUUCAUAACUGUACACUUGAUCAACUUUUGUCAUUACCAUUCGACCGAUAUCGCCUCUCAAAUGAACAUCGAACUGGUCGUGGAACAUCUGUUUCAUUUGAUUUUGGUCAAGAUCUCUCACAUGACUUUCUUAUCUAUGCAUCAUCAAGUAAUAUAUCACUGGAACAACUUGCACUUGCUACUUAUUAUGUAUUUUUAUUCAAAUUAACAAAUGGAGAAAAAGAUUUAUGCAUUGGAAUAAAUACACAUGGUCGAUAUAGAGAUGAACUUAGAUCUAUUAUAGGAAUGUUUGUGAAUGCCAUACCUUUGCGAUGUCUGCUCGAUCCUCAUUUAUCAUUUCAUAAACUGAUGGAACACGUUCAAGAUAUUAUGAUAAAUUGUAAUAAAUAUUCAUAUUUUCCUCUCCAACGUAUUCUGAAUCAACAUCCAAAUAUAUCAAAUCCUGUCUUUCUUGAUACAUCGUUUGACUUUGUAUCAUCUAUGAGAAGAGAUGAGGAAAAUGAAAUAAUGAUUGGUGAUAAUCGAUUUUCUUUACUACCCUUUUCAGUUAAAAUUAGUGAAGAUGAAAUAAUGAGUAAAUUUGAUUUCAUUCUUAGUUUUGAACAUGAUCUGAAUCUCAAUGAAUUCUCAUGCACCAUUAAUGCUUCGGUUGAUUUAUUUAAUGCUGAAACAGUUUGUAUAAUUGCAAGAAGAUUACAAACAAUGUUACAUCAACAGUUCAUACCAUUUGAUAGUAAAACAAACAAACCUAUUCAUGAAUUAUCAAUAAUAUUAUCAAAUGAAAGAUUACUCAUACAAUCAAUGAAUAAUACACAAAUAUCGUUUCCUUCUGUGUCUUGUAUUCAUCUUGAAUUUGUAUAUCAAGUAUUGAAGCAUCCACAGAAACUAGCUGUUGAACUAGAUGAACAAUCGUUAACAUAUUGUGAACUGUUAUAUUAUGUUCAAUUGUUAUCUUUAACGCUUGUUAAUGAAUAUCAUGUGUCUCCAGGUGAGAUCGUGUGUCAGUGUGUUGGGAGAAGUUUGUCAAUGGUGAUUGGUAUUAUGGGAAUUGAAAUGGCUGGUGGUGUUUAUUGUCCAUUAUCAUCUCGAGAUCCGCAACAUCGUUUACAUGCACUCACACAACAAACUCAAAGUCGUCUUGUUCUUGUUCAUCAUUUAACUAAAACUAAAUUCGAUGGUGAUAUUGUUUCACUUGAUAUUGAUGCAAUAUUAAUUAUUAACGAUCUAAAUAGUGACAUGGAUUAUAACUGUCUUUCAAGUGUGAUAGUGAAAGGUGAAGAGAUAGCGUAUAUUAUUUUCACUAGUGGUUCAACUGGAACACCCAAAGCGGUUCAAGUUCGACAUAAGAACUUUAUUAAUUCUAUGCAUUCUUUGACAUACAUUAAUUCAUUUAAUAAAGAUGAUACAGUUGUACAAAUGACACGAAGUUCAUUUGACAUUCAUGUUCAAGAAAUACUUGGUACAUUAUUAGUCGGAGGCACGUUGAUUAUGCUUCAUCCAGGUGGAACUAUUGAUUUUGAUUAUCUGUCCGAAGUGUUACAGAACAAACAAAUAACAUAUCUACACACUGUACCAAGUUUACUACACGGUUUUUUUAAUUUUGCCGAACAAAGUAAUAAUCAAAAUGUCUUGAAACAUCUUCGAUCACUUUGUAGUAGUGGUGAACCUUUUUCUGUUCCCUUAAUUGAUUUAAUUGUGAAAAUCGGUAUAACGAACUGUAUUCUAUGGAAUUUGUAUGGUCCAGCAGAAGCAACCAUAGGUUCUACAAUGCAUUGUGUAGAUGUUACAAAUAGCAUACAGAGCAUUCCAAUUGGUAGACCAUUUUAUAAUUAUCGAUGCAUGAUUAUGAAUAAAUAUUUCCAGUCAUCUGCUGUCAGCCAAGAAGGAGAACUGCUUGUAGGAGGAGUGGGUGUGUUUGCUGGUUAUCUUGGACGUGAUGAUUUAACUACAAAAGCUCUUAUUCGAAUAGAUGGUCGACUAUUUUAUCGAACAGGUGAUCUAGUCAGAAUAGAUAAUAAUGGCCUUCUCCAUUAUCAAGGAAGAAAAGAUCAUCAAAUCAAAUUACAUGGACAAAGAAUUGAACUUGGUGAAAUAGAACGAUGUUUACUUAACAUUACAUUCAUCUCUGCUUGUGUCGUCAUGAAAUGGAAAGAUGAUUAUUUAGUUGCAUAUGUUCAAUCUUCCGAUAUCAAUGAAGAACAACUACGUCAACAUUGCCAAUCUCAUCUUCCACCACAUAUGAUACCGUCAAUAUUUAUUAUUCUUGAUAAAUUACCUUUGAAUCAAAAUGGAAAAAUCGACAGAAAACAACUUCCUUCACCCGACUUUUCUCUAUCGACUUUGUUAUCGUCUGAUAAAUCUGAUACUCCUCUUAAUCAAUUCGAAGAGCGUAUACACACUAUUUGUGUUGGUGGUCAUUCACUUUUAUUUAUUCAACUUUAUCAUCACUAUCAAUCAGUAUUUAACUUUGAUGCUCAUACACUUUCGAUAGCUCCAUUUCUUCAACAACCAACUAUAUUUCAACAUUCACAAUUACUUCAAACAGUUAUAUUGAAUAAUAUCAAGCCAACACAGUGGUACACUUUGCAUAUAAAUGAAGGUGUUGCCUCUUUUGCUCAAGAACGUAUAUUCCUCGAUGAACAAGUUCGUUUUUCAAGUGAUAUUGCUGUCUAUAAUGAACUGUUUACUUUGCAAAUUGUUCAAGGAUCAUUAUCAUUCAGUCGUUUAUUGCAAGCAUUUCGAUAUGUUUUGAAUAAACAUAAAAUAUUACGGACAUCUCUUAUUUUGAACAAUGACAAUAGUAGUUUGAAGCAAUGCAUCACAGAUAUACAUAAAACAUUCACAAUAACUAUGAAUCAAACAUUUGAAAAUGAUACUGACCUUCGAGAUAUUAUACAUCGAAUAACUAUUAAUCCUACUUUCUUCGAUUUUUCAAUCGGGUGUGUUUUUCAUGCUGAAAUUCUGAGACAUCAAAUAUCAUCAGAUGAAAAUGAAAACAAUAGCAAUGAAUUCAUAAUGAAUUCUGAUGUUCUCCUCAUUGCUUUUCAUCAUGCAGCAUUUGAUCGAUCAAGUCGUUCAAUCUUUUUCAGUGAUCUAUAUUUAGCUUAUAAUACUAAUACAAUAUCAAUAGAAGAUGAUGAUGAAUCAUUGCAAUAUAUUGAUUAUAGUGUACAUGAACGUCUAAUCGAUAUGACAAUAUCUCGUGAAUUUUGGUAUUCACAGUUAGAAGAAUACAAUUUCGAAUAUCGAUUAUUACUACCAGUUGAUCGACAUCGCUUAUUUAAUGAUCAACGGUCUAGUUGUGCUUCUAUCACUCAAAUCUCUUUUGACAAUGAGAUUUCACAAUCAUUUCUUGAUUAUGCUUCUUUGCAUCAUGUGACACCAUUUCAGUUAGGUUUGAGUAUACUAUAUGCUUUUCUUUUCAAGUUAACUCAUGGUGAAAAUGAUUUAUGUAUUUCUUGUCUUAAUGCUAAUCGACACAAAACUGAACUGCAGAGUAUAAUGGGAAUGUUUGUGUCAAUAUUGCCAUAUCGUAUUCAACUUGAUCCUCAUCGGUCGUUUGAUGAUCUCGUUGAAUAUGUACGAAAGAAAUGUUUAUCAAUUCUUGAACAUUCUCAUUAUCCACUUCAACAUAUUCUUGCUAAUUUACAUAUUAAUCAAUCAAAUAGUUCAUUUCUUGAAACAAUGUUUGACUUUAUAACAAUAUCGUCACACAGCGAAGAAUUAUCUUUGGAUGGAACAAGUUUCAAACAAGUCUCGUUCAAACAAUCGUUUGAAGUGGCUAAAUUUGAUUUUAUGGUAACAUUUACCUAUAAUCCAAUGUUGGAAAAUAAUAGAUUAUCAUUCCGUUUAACUUGUUCACAUGAUUUAUUUGAUGAGAUUACAGUUACAAAUAUCGGUAGAAGAUUAGAAUAUUGUUUUCAACAAGUGUUUUCAUCGAAUGAAAUUAUCAAUCGAAUUGAUACAUGUUAUAUAUCUAUAUCAAAAGUUGAUCUCAUUGUACCAGAAGAAACUCAAGAAAUGGAAAAUGCUAUCUUUUGUCGACAAUCAGAUAUAAUGAAUGAAGCACCAGCAUCAUUUGCACAAGCUCGUAUAUGGCUUGACGAAAGAAUUCGAUUCGACCCGGACAAGCCACAAAUAGCAAUCUAUAAUAUGCCUUUUGUUUAUCGUCUGCAACCAGAUCAUACUUUAUCGAUUAAACAACUUCGUCAUGCUCUCCAUCUCACUAUUAACAAACAUCCUUCACUUCAUACAUCACUUCUCUUCGAUACGGGAAAACACUUGAUUAUGCAACGAAUCAUUGAUAUGAACGAUAACAGUACACAACUUUUUACAUCUAUUGAAAGCACUUAUGAAACAGAUGAACAAUUGAAUCAGAUUUUACACGAUGAGAGACGUAAUCCUCAACUUUUUGAUCUUGCUCAAGGUCUUGUGUUUCGAUGUCAUAUUAUUUAUUAUAAACAAAUCUCUUCAAAUCAUCUGCUUUCUCACAAAGAUGUACUUAUCUUCAAUUUUCAUCAUGCUUUGUUUGAUUUUCCAUCAAUGAAUAUCUUUCUUCAUGAUCUCAACCAAGCAUACACAACAGGGCAAUUACUAUAUGAUGACAACACUACUCUGCGUUAUCUCGAUUAUGCUGUUAUUGAACAACAAAUGUCAAUGACUGGUGCAAGUAUGUUUUGGCUUGAUGCUCUUCAUAACUGUACACUUGAUCAACUUUUGUCAUUACCAUUCGACCGAUAUCGCCUCUCAAAUGAACAUCGAACUGGUCGUGGAACAUCUGUUUCAUUUGAUUUUGGUCAAGAUCUCUCACAUGACUUUCUUAUCUAUGCAUCAUCAAGUAAUAUAUCACUGGAACAACUUGCACUUGCUACUUAUUAUGUAUUUUUAUUCAAAUUAACAAAUGGAGAAAAAGAUUUAUGCAUUGGAAUAAAUACACAUGGUCGAUAUAGAGAUGAACUUAGAUCUAUUAUAGGAAUGUUUGUGAAUGCCAUACCUUUGCGAUGUCUGCUCGAUCCUCAUUUAUCAUUUCAUAAACUGAUGGAACACGUUCAAGAUAUUAUGAUAAAUUGUAAUAAAUAUUCAUAUUUUCCUCUCCAACGUAUUCUGAAUCAACAUCCAAAUAUAUCAAAUCCUGUCUUUCUUGAUACAUCGUUUGACUUUGUAUCAUCUAUGAGAAGAGAUGAGGAAAAUGAAAUAAUGAUUGGUGAUAAUCGAUUUUCUUUACUACCCUUUUCAGUUAAAAUUAGUGAAGAUGAAAUAAUGAGUAAAUUUGAUUUCAUUCUUAGUUUUGAACAUGAUCUGAAUCUCAAUGAAUUCUCAUGCACCAUUAAUGCUUCGGUUGAUUUAUUUAAUGCUGAAACAGUUUGUAUAAUUGCAAGAAGAUUACAAACAAUGUUACAUCAACAGUUCAUACCAUUUGAUAGUAAAACAAACAAACCUAUUCAUGAAUUAUCAAUAAUAUUAUCAAAUGAAAGAUUACUCAUACAAUCAAUGAAUAAUACACAAAUAUCGUUUCCUUCUGUGUCUUGUAUUCAUCUUGAAUUUGUAUAUCAAGUAUUGAAGCAUCCACAGAAACUAGCUGUUGAACUAGAUGAACAAUCGUUAACAUAUUGUGAACUGUUAUAUUAUGUUCAAUUGUUAUCUUUAACGCUUGUUAAUGAAUAUCAUGUGUCUCCAGGUGAGAUCGUGUGUCAGUGUGUUGGGAGAAGUUUGUCAAUGGUGAUUGGUAUUAUGGGAAUUGAAAUGGCUGGUGGUGUUUAUUGUCCAUUAUCAUCUCGAGAUCCGCAACAUCGUUUACAUGCACUCACACAACAAACUCAAAGUCGUCUUGUUCUUGUUCAUCAUUUAACUAAAACUAAAUUCGAUGGUGAUAUUGUUUCACUUGAUAUUGAUGCAAUAUUAAUUAUUAACGAUCUAAAUAGUGACAUGGAUUAUAACUGUCUUUCAAGUGUGAUAGUGAAAGGUGAAGAGAUAGCGUAUAUUAUUUUCACUAGUGGUUCAACUGGAACACCCAAAGCGGUUCAAGUUCGACAUAAGAACUUUAUUAAUUCUAUGCAUUCUUUGACAUACAUUAAUUCAUUUAAUAAAGAUGAUACAGUUGUACAAAUGACACGAAGUUCAUUUGACAUUCAUGUUCAAGAAAUACUUGGUACAUUAUUAGUCGGAGGCACGUUGAUUAUGCUUCAUCCAGGUGGAACUAUUGAUUUUGAUUAUCUGUCCGAAGUGUUACAGAACAAACAAAUAACAUAUCUACACACUGUACCAAGUUUACUACACGGUUUUUUUAAUUUUGCCGAACAAAGUAAUAAUCAAAAUGUCUUGAAACAUCUUCGAUCACUUUGUAGUAGUGGUGAACCUUUUUCUGUUCCCUUAAUUGAUUUAAUUGUGAAAAUCGGUAUAACGAACUGUAUUCUAUGGAAUUUGUAUGGUCCAGCAGAAGCAACCAUAGGUUCUACAAUGCAUUGUGUAGAUGUUACAAAUAGCAUACAGAGCAUUCCAAUUGGUAGACCAUUUUAUAAUUAUCGAUGCAUGAUUAUGAAUAAAUAUUUCCAGUCAUCUGCUGUCAGCCAAGAAGGAGAACUGCUUGUAGGAGGAGUGGGUGUGUUUGCUGGUUAUCUUGGACGUGAUGAUUUAACUACAAAAGCUCUUAUUCGAAUAGAUGGUCGACUAUUUUAUCGAACAGGUGAUCUAGUCAGAAUAGAUAAUAAUGGCCUUCUCCAUUAUCAAGGAAGAAAAGAUCAUCAAAUCAAAUUACAUGGACAAAGAAUUGAACUUGGUGAAAUAGAACGAUGUUUACUUAACAUUACAUUCAUCUCUGCUUGUGUCGUCAUGAAAUGGAAAGAUGAUUAUUUAGUUGCAUAUGUUCAAUCUUCCGAUAUCAAUGAAGAACAACUACGUCAACAUUGCCAAUCUCAUCUUCCACCACAUAUGAUACCGUCAAUAUUUAUUAUUCUUGAUAAAUUACCUUUGAAUCAAAAUGGAAAAAUCGACAGAAAACAACUUCCUUCACCCGACUUUUCUCUAUCGACUUUGUUAUCGUCUGAUAAAUCUGAUACUCCUCUUAAUCAAUUCGAAGAGCGUAUACACACUAUUUGGUGUGAAGUUCUUCAUUGUAAUGAAAAUCACAUUUCUAAAACUACCAGCUUUUUU